AAAGAUCUUGCGGACUUGAUCCAUUGAGUAUCAGAUGAGAUGAUAUUGAAUAGAGUAGAGGUUAAUGAAUUUGCGUUAAAUACGCGUGAUGCAAAGUGAUGAUAGUGUUGGAAGGAAAGGAGGAUGAGGGGAUGAGGGAUGGCUUUUAUACCUUCCAGGACGUUCAGGAGUUGUGGACAAAGGCUAAAUUUAAACCAUGGACAUGGCCACCAGAGAACUGGAGGGGGUUGUCUCACUUUCCAAGAAGCAAAGCGCAAAGAACUGUGGACAUACGCAAAUCACCGGAGCUGUGGAUGGUGGCCACCAAGCUUUGACCCUGAAAGCACGCUCGCGCGGAGAAGCCCCGCUUCACUCACAGUAUCUCCUGCGCUGAAAUUCAAUUUUGUAGGACGACCAGGCCUCGACAGAACAACCUCAUUCUGCUUGUAAACAUGCGAGUUUUCGUCGUGUUAACGGGUAAUGUCGUUGAAGGAUACCUUUGGACAAUCACAAACGGCUCGUCUCUUGGAACACGAACGGAAAGCGUAACGAAGCCACCGUCAGCGUAACGCGUUCAGUUGGUGACAUAAAGCUUAGCUUAAGGACGACAUAUCAUUCCCGGAUUGUGAAUUGCAGGAGUGUGUAGGACCAGGAUUCGAGGCACGAUCUCGAUUCCUCAGCCAGCCGGUGCCUGCUGCCUCACAAAAGAUUGACCCUGAACGAUCGAAUACAUCCCACAGCCACCUUCGAGCUCUCAUAGGCAGCUGCACAUCUUCACGUACGACCAGGCAUGUAGGGUUUGACAGGGUCUCAUCCAGAUCCAUAGACUUGGGCCCAUCUGAUGUUGACAGACGGGAGAAUUUUACUCACUUUCAACGUUUU